UUUUUUUUUUUUAAAAAAAAAACUAACAAUGUCAACAUUACCUCGGCUAUUAUUUUCGAGAUUACCUCGAUAUACACAAUCUACAUUAGUAAGGAAUUCUUUAUUGAGAAAUAACAUUCAUCGAAUGACGACAAUACGAUCAGUGCAUAAUUCACCAAAGGAAUAUAACGGAAUUCAAUCAGUAGCUCAUCAUUUUAAGCAACAACGGCAUAUGCCCUAUUUUUUAGAAUACCUCAUGUGGGCCGUCUUUGGUUCUGAAGCACUACACCUCAUUUGGCUCAAGAUGGAUUAUAAGGAAUAUAAAGAAAGAAGUGCCCAUAAGAUAAAAUUACUAGAGGAAAUUAUCAAACAUAUUGAGCAAGGGGAAGAGAUCGAGGAAAGCUUAAAACAGGAAAUUAAGAUGGUUUUGAUGAACAAUAAACAUCACAAGGAUGAUUUACAUGAUUUAAAAGAUGAAAUUGAUGAUGAGUAUUUAAAUCAUUUAAUUGCAUCUUUAGAAAAACAAGAACAAGAAAAGAAAGAAAAUAUAGAUUCAAAUAGACUUGAUACAAAGAAUGAUCAUAAUGAAAGUCCAACAGCGUCAACACGAGGGAAUAAAAAGGACUCAAAGACACACUUCUUUUUAUAAAUAAAGCAAAUACGGAUCCUAUUUAUUAUCUAAAAUCGACUAAUAUCUCUCCCUAACAAAAGAGUUAUGAACCUAAUAUGUAUAAUAGACACAUAAAUAUUAAAAUAAUUCUAGUA